GACAAUCAGUGGAAUUAGUUCUACUUCUCAUCAGGCAGCGUGAUGGACGACCUGCUGACGUCAUGACGAGGCGUCGUUGUGUGGGUCCUGCCUGUGCUAGAGUCGUCCGGCGUGUGUCCCCUCGGUCAAACCAACAGACCUGUCUGUUGUCUUCUUGUCUUCUUGUCCCCCUCUCUGUCAUCAUGUCCCGCUGUCUCUCUCUGGCUCGGUUCGUCCUCGGGUCCGCUCAGAGGACCAACUGCCGGUUAACGGUCUGUGCGCGAGGACUGAGCAGCAGAAUCACCUCGCGCUCACUAACAGGAGGCCUGCAGGUUGGACAGCAGCAGAGGUGGAGCAGUCGGCCCGGAGUGUGGAGCUCCCAGCGGUCCUGCCUCGGCUUCGGCCAGCAGUCUUACUACAGCACCCAGGAGGCAGAGAAAGAGCCUGAAAAAGAGCCUGAAGAGGAGCCUCUGCACACCAUCAUCAGUGACACAGAGUCUGUACAAGGUAGCUUGUCCGAACAUGAAUUUAAGGCUGAGACGAAAAAACUGCUGGACAUUGUGGCCAGGUCCUUGUACUCAGAGAAAGAGGUUUUCAUCAGGGAGCUGAUCUCCAACGGCAGUGACGCUCUGGAAAAACUGCGCCACAAACUGAUGACAGUGAGUGGUGAAGCAGCUCAGAUGGAGAUCCACCUGCAGACCGAUGGAGCCAAGGGCACAUUCACCAUUCAGGACACCGGAGUGGGGAUGAACCAAGAGGAGCUGGUGGCCAACCUGGGGACGAUCGCCCGCUCCGGUUCAAAGGCGUUUUUGGACGCCCUGCAGAACCAGGCGGAGGCCAGCAGCACCAUCAUUGGUCAGUUCGGGGUGGGAUUCUACUCUGCCUUCAUGGUGGCCGACCGCGUAGACGUCUACUCGCGGUCCGCCGAGCCUGACGCACCUGGAUACAAAUGGUCCUCAGACGGCUCUGGAGUUUUCGAGGUCGCUGAAGCCAGUGGUGUUCAACAGGGAACAAAGAUCGUGCUGCACCUCAAAGACGACUGCAAGGAGUUUUCCGCUGAGGACAGAGUUAAAGAGGUUGUAACAAAGUACAGCAACUUUGUCAGCUUCCCCAUCUUCCUGAACGGACGGAGGCUCAACACUCUGCAGGCCUUGUGGAUGAUGGAGCCGAAGGAGAUCAGUGACUGGCAGCACGAGGAGUUCUACCGUUACGUCGCCCAGGCCUACGACAAGCCCCGCUACACGCUGCACUACCGCGCCGACGCCCCGCUCAACAUCCGAAGCAUCUUCUAUGUCCCUGACGCGAAGCCGAGCAUGUUUGACGUGAGCAGGGAGAUGGGCUCCAGCGUGGCGCUGUUCAGCAGGAAGGUCCUGAUCCAGACCAAAGCCACUGACAUUUUGCCCAAGUGGCUGCGCUUCCUCCGAGGUGUGGUGGACAGUGAGGACAUCCCGCUGAAUCUGAGCAGAGAGCUGCUGCAGGAGAGCAACCUAAUCAGGAAGCUGCGUGACGUUUUGCAGCAGAGGGUGAUCCGCUUCCUGCUGGACCAGAGCAAGAAGGAGCCAGAGAAGUACAGCAAGUUCUUUGAGGACUACGGCCUCUUCAUGAGGGAGGGCAUCGUCACCACCCAGGAACAAGACGUCAAGGAGGAUAUUGCAAAGCUGUUGAGGUUUGAGUCUUCUGCUCUGCCAGUGGGGCAGCACACCAACCUGAUGGAGUACUCCUCCCGCAUGAAGGCUGGCUCACGCAACAUCUACUACCUGUGCGCCCCCAACCGCCAUCUAGCAGAGCACUCCCCCUACUUCGAGGCCAUGAAGCAGAAAGACAUGGAGGUGCUGUUCUGCUACGAGCAGUUCGACGAGCUGACCCUGCUCCACCUCAGGGAGUUCGACAAGAAGAAGAUGAUCUCAGUGGAGACCGACAUCGUGGUGGAUCACUACAAAGAGGAGAAGUUUGAAGACAGCAAGCCCGCCUCUGAGCGUCUGACGCAGGAGCAGGCCGACGACCUGCUGUCCUGGAUGAAGAAUGCUUUGGGCCCCCGAGUCACCAACAUAAAGCUCACUCCUCGGCUGGACACCCACCCAGCUAUGAUCACAGUGCUGGAAAUGGGCGCCGCACGCCACUUCCUCCGCACCCAGCAGCUGGCUCGCACCCCCGAAGAGAGAGCUCAGAUACUGCAGCCCACACUGGAGAUCAAUGCAGGACAUGAUCUGAUCAAGAAGAUGCAGGCACUGAAGGACACGAACUCUGAACUGGCUGGACUGCUACUGGAACAGAUCUACGACAACGCCAUGAUCACAGCAGGCCUGAACGACGAUCCCCGACCGAUGAUUUCCCGCCUUAACGACCUGCUGACUAAAGCUCUGGAGAAGCACUGAGAGCCGCUCACAGACAUGAACAGUGCAGACUGAUUUGGCGGCCUGUAGACUGAAGCCUUUACAGCAGCUGAAGGGCGGCACAAAGCUGAAGAAGUGAAGUUUCUGAAGACAACUUCAGGCCUUUUUCAUCUGUAACCGAAAAAAUACCAUCUCCCCCCCCUCUGGAGUACUUCAUUCCCCCUUAUGGAGAGCACGUAAAGGACGUAAGAUACGCAGCUGGCUCGAAGAUGAACUCCGUAAUCAUGUUAUGUUCAGCACUAUUUUAUCAGGCUAAAUGUCAUCCACAUCCUCAAUAAUCUGGAUGCAAACCAGCACAAACUGCAGAGGAAGUGGAAAAGCACACAAAAGUAAGUGAGAUGCAUUAAAGCGAAAGUAAAUCUGAUUUCUAGACUCAUGAAAUGCUAAGACGUCCUCGCAGCUGGACAGAGCUUUUACGUUAAACACUUUGUUCUUCCUUGUUUGUGAGCCCUCCAAAAUAGUUUCACAUUAUUUAAUGUUCACUUUUGCAGUUUAUAAGAAGCUUGAUACCUGAAAUGUGGGAAUAUAUCAUGUAAUUUAAAUAAUUUUGAACUGGUUCAAACUAGAUGGUGUAUUAGCUGCUAAUGUGACUUGUCAACAGUCAGUGGUCAAACAGAUUCCCAACAUGUUUCAUUGGUGUUAAAUGAAUAAAACUGAUUUAAAAUACUGUACAGAGUUGUUGGUGUCCAGUGUGCAUUAUCAAUAAGGUGAGUAAACAAAGAUAUUCCAAUACA